AUAUAGUGAAUGCAGGGUCCAGGGAGAUCAGUUAUAGUGGAUGCAGGGUCCGGGGAGACCAGAUAUAGUGAAUGCAGGGUCCAGGGAGAUCAGUUAUAGUGGAUGCAGGGUCCGGGGAGACCAGAUAUAGUGAAUGCGGGGUCCGGGGAGACCAGAUAUAGUGAAUGCAGGGUCCUGGAAAUCCUUUAAAUGUAAUGCACAUUUAAUGAACCGGGUCCACAUAUUGGUCUUUCCAAGUGUGACCUUAAUCCUGAUAAUGAGUACAAAGACACUAUUUUAUGUAUCCACCUUUAUAGAGAAAGAAACUGGAACUAAAAUUUGUUUAAUGUGACCAGUUAGAGCUAAUCAGAAGUGUUUGAUG